AUGCCAGGCGGGAUUGAUCUACCCCGGAUCACAAGCCCAGCUGCAGCAGGCAUCGCCGUUGCCAUUACGGGGAACAUCCUCAUCUCUCUUGCGCUCAACUGCCAGAAGCUCGCGCACAGACGGCUCGAGAGCGAACGCAAAGCAGUGGGCCAGGAAUUACGGAGACCGCCACCCCAUCGAAGCACCUCAGCUCCCCAUGGCCCCGCCCUACGACGCCCUACGCAGUCUCUCAACACUACGCACUCAACUCCUGUUGCCGCCGUUGCUAUCCUUGUGAACGAAGAGACCGAACCUUUGCUUGAGCCAGCGGAUGGCGUGCAGUCCGGGGAUGGUUCACAGACGUCUAAACCUUCACGAAGAUGGUUAUUCUCGCAUCGCAAUCCCGCUAGAGAUGCAGACAGCUCUCACCUGGCCAGCACACAUGCGCUCAUGCCUGUGGACAUACUCCCCGUUCACUCAGAGGAUAACGAAGACCAAUCUGGUCCUCUGCAGAAGGAGGAUUCGGAAGACGCAAACGAAGGCGACUACCUCAAGUCGAAGCUAUGGUGGUUCGGCUUUCUUUUGAUGAAUGUGGGCGAAUGCGGUAACUUUAUAUCAUACGCGUUUGCUCCAGCAUCCGUAGUGGCACCACUCGGCACGUUCGCCCUGAUUGCGAAUUGUAUUUUCGCGCCGCUCAUGCUAGGUGAGCGGUUCAGGAAGCGAGACUUCCUUGGUAUCAUCAUAGCCAUCGUCGGAGCUGUCACCGUAGUACUCUCCGCCAACGCCUCAGAUACAAGGCUGGAUCCUAAAUCGCUAUUGGAGGCAAUUAGUCAACGAGCCUUCCAAGUCUACACAAUCGUGUAUGUCGUGGGGAUGUUCAUCUUGUCUGGCCUCUCUGAGGGACCUGCCGGGAGACGUUGGGUAUAUGUUGACAUCGGACUGUGUGCCCUGUUCGGUGGCUUCACGGUUCUUUCCACAAAAGCGGUGUCUACACUGCUCACCCUAGAGUGGUUCGAGAUAUUCAAGGAAUGGAUUACAUAUCCCGUCAUUGCCGUGCUAAUCAUAACCGGUGUGGGCCAAAUCCGCUAUCUCAACCGUGCGCUCAUGCGGUUCGACAGCAAGCUGGUGGUACCGACGCAGUUCGUGAUGUUCAACCUCUCGGCCAUCGUCGGCUCUGCUAUCUUGUAUGGCGACUUCAAGCAGGCCACCUUCCAUCAGCUUGUCACCUUCCUCUACGGCUGCGCCGCGACCUUCGCCGGCGUGUUCAUCAUAGCAUGGGCGCCCUCUAACCCAGAGCGCGAUCCUGUAGAAGACAGCGACGAGCGCACGCUCCCGGGCAGCAGGAGCAGCGAAAACGAGACGAUCUCGGACCUCCCCUCCAGCGACCGCACCGUCAAGCUCGGCAGCCUCGCACGGCGCCAGCGGCCGACGCUCAUCCUCCCUGAGGGCGCCACCAGCCUCAGCGCGAAUGCGACCCCGAUCCUCCGGAGCCGGCAGAGCCUCGUCAGCCUGUACGGCUUCUCCCCCGCCCAGCGCGUGCUCCUGAUGAACGCGUCCCCUCGCGACGAGUUCGUCCGGCCGAGCCUGCAGGAUCCCGAGCGCGACCCGGCGACGCCACCAGAGUCGGUCGGCCGCCGCAGGGCGGUGAGUUGGCUCGACGGCGACGCGAGCAGGCAGACGAGCCUCGCGCGGUACGGCGCGACGUCCACGACGGCGUCGAGGGACCACAGUCGGCUGGGCGACCGCGUGGGGUCCCGCAGUAUAAGCCGGAGCCGUAGCGCGAGCCCGGGAGCCGGGUAGAGAUCGAAAGGACACUGUCGAGGUGGCGGUUGUGUAAGUUUUGGUAUUGGACUAGGAAUCUUACAGUAAUCUAUAUCCUAUGCGCC